AUGCCAGCCCAGGGUCGUCCCGCGGCCUCUUGCCCUAGCAAACCGCCCGUAGACUCCGAGGCUAUAGCCCCUCUCUCCGAUCUCUUCACCAGCGGCUUCGAUUUCGCUUCACUAGACACCGCAGUUCACCAGCAGUCCGACCGCUCCAUCAUCGUCUCUCACAACGGCCGCCGUUAUCGCAUCGAGAGUAUCUCCGACCCGGAUCCUGUCCCACCAUCGACAUCUUUGUCCUCCUCCUCGAGCCGUCCCGCCCAGUAUCAUCACCGCGUGCCCAUCUCCCCUACGUCGGCGCAUCCAGCUGUCUCCUACUCCCAGGGUCACCCCCCUCCCGCGAUUCCCUCUUCCACAGCUCAGCAAUACGAAUCCGGCUCGCCCUCAUAUUCAACAUCUUAUUAUUACGCGUCCGCUUCUGUCAGUGCGCCUGGAUGGGGACGAUCUCCGGUUUCUUCAUCUCAUGUUAACUCCCAAUACCCCGCUACCACUACUGGUGGCUACUCCAUUUCCUUAGGGCAGCAGCAGCGCCCGCCUGCUGACCCUGCCCCGGGUCCGGAGCCCCACACCGCCGCGACCGCUCCUCAACAAGACGUCAGCGCGAUGAUGGCCCAACUCAGCAUCCAACAACCCCUUGGCGUGGUGCCUUUCUACGGUCUGUCCGACGGGGGAGCGGGCGCUGCCGAAGCCCUCGCUGCUAGGCAAGAGUCACACCCACAUUCGCCUACGAGCCCGACCCGUACAACACGCUCUUCGAGUAUUCCAUAUGAACAACAGCAACAUGAAGCCUAUAGCCAGGCUGGAUCCCCCCGACUGUCAUACAAUGGCCAACACGAUCAUUAUCCUUCCACCACCAACCCGGUAACUAUCCCCCAAGAAUGGCAAAACCCCAAUUAUUUCAGCUACACCGUCCAAAGCAACGCCCACUGCGUCCAAUCCCAGCAACAAGCUUUCACAACGGCCAGUCUCGAGCCUCUUGUCGCCGGCUCCAUCCCCAUAUCGCCCCCAGAGCGAGUAGCCGUAUCCGACGCAACAUCGCCGAUACAUUCUCCCUUUUCCCUCGAGAAGGAAGUCGUUCCGGUCAGCUCGCCUCACGCAAAUGACUACUACUACUCUCCUCAUCAACCCCAAGCCGCUGCCUGUCCGACGUCCUUGGCCCCGCCUCAUGCCUUGUCACCGAGGACGCUUUCGCAUCAGCCGAGCUAUGUCAACAUCAAUGCUGCCAUUUCUGGAGAUAUCGAUACGAGGACGCCCGUCGUGGUAAACCCGUCCCAGCUGCAGCCACCGCCACCGCCAUCGAUGUUUAGUGAUGUGGGGAGCUUGGGUAGGGAUAAUGUGCUGCCCGGGGAGGAUCUUGUAUUUGAGGGGCAGGUCAAUAGCGCCCGAGCACUUACAUCGCCCAUCGAGUUCCGUUCAGGGUGGUUAAAGGUGUUUCGGAACAACCAGACAAACGAUCUCAGAUUUCACUGCAGGGUUGACCGGGAAUCGGAAACUUAUCGAAUUAAAGCAAACGACGCUCAGCUGGUCCCAAUAUAUGCGUAUGAUCCGCGGAUGAGCAACGUUGUCUACAUCCGCGACAAGGAUGGCGAUAAGGGAUUGAAUGGGACCCCCAGUGGUAUUUACCGGUUCAUGAACGUAGAAGACCUAUUCAACUUCCAGGGGAAGCUCACCGGCGAGAAAGUUGUGUUUGACAUCGCCAUCGUCCGGAUGGUCACGCUGUGCCGGGUGAGCGCUCAAAGUAAGUUUUACAACUACUCCAAUGCCAGACUGCAGAUCUGGCACGAAAUGGAAGGACGCAAAUACGUCCAAUCAGACAAAGCCUCUAUUGUCACGGCCGGCACGGUGUUAUCUGGACCACGCCGCGACAGGGUCUCUGUGCCGAACUCACGCUUGGUCCUAUACCUGGGAAGAAUGGGACAGUAUAUUACUAUGUUGAUUACAGAUGACUGGGAAAUCAAGACAGAGGGGACAACGGUAGCUAAGAUACAGCCAAGGGGCACCAGUCUAUGGGAUAAAGUCGCGAGGAAGGGGUCCCGCUAUCCGUUUGUCAAAGCUCAUCUUGAAACCAAUGGCGCCCAGGAGUACGCAGCCUUCGAUAUACAUGGUCGUCUCGUUGAGAUCGACGACGCUGAAUAUGAGUCAUAUAAAACAUUUGAAAUUGAGUUCGAAACUCAGCCUAGUCUCGACAACUUCGUCCGCAAAUGGAGAGAAGUUCUCGGGGUUCGCAGAGCAGUCCGUGAACGCAUUGCUAUGACCAUGAACCAAACGGACAAAGAAGGAGGCCUUACAGGACGGCAAGCACUCAGAGUCCUUUGA